UAUUCAUCUUCGCAAGGUCGUCUAGAUUUUAUUAUGCGAUAGGACUAAACAUUCGAUGAAGCUUGACAUCGUUCAAAUGUACCUACUAUCUGACUUGUGGAUGUGGGUGCUUACAAUAUACCUGAUUUUUCUUUGAUGCAAUCGAGAUAUAAUCCGAUGGAUUCUUUACAGGCAGACGUAAGGCUAUAAAUUUGGGUUUGAAGUGCUCUAUUAGGACAAGACUCCUCGAAUGAUACUACUCCUUAUCAACCAUGACGAGCUGCUGAAUCUAAAUCCUCCAUGGAUAACACUACUAUCGACAUUUUUGAGCGCGGUGACAAAAUGUUGGAAUCUUCGCUUCAAAGACGUGCUUUACACGAGGACAAUAAUCUAUGAUUUUGUGUAAAUUCUGAUUAAAAUUCACGGAAGUUACCAGCUCUCAAGGAUUUUUCAAAUCGUUCAUUUGAAACGUUUCUCAUAAGUGCAUAAUAUAAGGCUUGACAACCGUACAAUCAAAGUAAUAAAUUAAAAUCCAGAAUGUUGAAAAUUUCGUCCCAGUGCUCGAUAGUGAAGGUAUUGUGGAAUUUAUUUUUGAAAUAGAAACUCUUGUUUCAUGUAAUUUCAUUUGAUACGCAACUAUUCACAACCAUCGUAUGAUAACUAGUGAUCGAAUUGAAAGUGCGGCCCAGAGAGUUUCGUCAUGGUUUACCUCAAGGGACAUUCUGCAGAUCGUACAUAUAAGUGUUGCUUAAGAAUAAAUCGGUAGGCCUCUUUGGCAAGAACUCAAAUAAAAUCUGUGAAGUAUAAAUGUAGUGGCGCAUCCCUAUCAAAAAGUAUGGCUCAUUUUCAACGUCCCAUGAGUGUUGUAAAAUCGAAAAAUCGCUUUAAUUAUUAAUUUUAUCGCUCUGAUAAACGCUGUUUUUUUUUUAAAAAAGGGGGCCUCAUUUCUUUCUCUCUCACUGGAUCUAAAUCCUUAAUCAACGCCUGACAAUCAGAUUUUUUAGGUGAACGAGUUAGGUUAUGAUUUUUCAGCCAUGAUAACUGUAGCGUCAGCCGUUAUGGAAAAUGACACGAACUCUUGCCACAAAGCUUCCGUGGAGAACGGCCUAAAAACGGACAUCAGCAACAACCGGAGGGGCAAACGUCGUUUUAGAUCAGCCAGCGCCCAGAUACUAGCUUGCGUGAUCCAGACUUGGCUCCUUGUUGAUCUGGGUAUGGAGAUGGCCACUCCAACUUUGAUCAUCGGAGCGCUACACAAAAUUUCAGCUGAUGCUGAACCCUUGCACAUGAAUGAUGAAGAAGCCUCCUGGUUCGGUAGCAUAUCGAACAUGGUAUUUUUAUUCGCAAGCUUAUCCUCGGGGUUUCUCCAAGAGUUGAUUGGACGGAAGGGCUCCAUGAUUGUUGUGAACGUGCCUCGCUUCGCAGGAUGGAUGACACUCUACUUCGCCUCAUCUUUAUCCACCAUGUACCUGGCAGCUGUUGUCAUGGGCAUAUGUGAAGGCUUAUGCGAGGCGUCGGUUCAUUCGUACAUCGGCGAAAUCGGAGAUCCUCGAUUAAGAGGCACCCUAGCAUCUAUAUCCAGUCAUGGUUAUUUUUUUGGAACUCUCACUACUCUUAUUCUUGGUUGCUACUUUGAGUGGAGGACGGUUGUCUUGAUCAGCAGUGCAGUUCCUGUAUUGGCAUUCAUUUCCUUAACACAGAUUCCUGAAUCACCGACGUGGCUCAUCGUGCGCAAUCGACUCGAUGAAGCUAAAAAGUCUUUAUGUUGGGUGAGAGGAUGGGUGUCCCCAGAUGAGGUCGAGGAAGAAUUUCAAGAGAUGGUCAAUUACGUGAAAAAUUCUUCCGAGGAAAGUUUGAAAGCAUUUAAUUCAAAUGAAUGCGCAGAAUCAAAUGCAAAGGACUUGACGGUUUUCAAAGGCGUCCUCUCGACGAUGAAAGCGGUGGCAAGCAAAAAGGUGUUACGUCCUCUUUGUAUGGUAUGCACCGCCUUCCUUACUUCACUAGCAGGAAAUGUAAUAGGUAUAACUCCGUACAUGAUCCGAGAGCUAAGAGAACUGGGAGCCAUUGUUGAACCGAAACUCAUUUUGGUUAUGUUUCAAAUCAUAUUUGUGGUGGGUUCGUUAACAAAUGUUGCAUUCGUCCGACGUUUCGGAAAACGGAGACUGGCCCUUCUGUCGCAAGGACUCGCAGUUCUCUGUAUCCUAGGAAUCGGAACGUUCUGUUCAUUGGCGUUCAGCAGUGCCGAUCGCAGUCCUCAGCUCUCGUGGAUCCCAGUUGCACUCUUCUUCUUCCUCAACUUCAUCAACGGAGUCGGCGUCAGGCUCUUGCCCUGGCAACUCCUCAGUGAAGUUUUUCCACCAAUGGGUCGAGGUUUCGCCUCCGCGAUCUCGGUUGCCUUUGCGAAGCUUAUACUUUUCACGCUGAUCAAAACAUUCUUGAUGACGGAAGACUGGCUACACUUGAGUGGCGUGAUGUAUCUCUACGCAGGCGUUUCCUUUUUUGGUCUCUGUUAUUACUACCUAUAUUUGCCGGAAACUGAGGGGAAAACACUCGAGCAGAUUGAAUCUUAUUUCACCAAGAACCACGAUCGAACAGAAAAAUUUAGAAUUGGCAACCAAGACAGAAAUACACUCUAUUAAAUUAUUUGAAUUACUUUCAACUCGUCCUCAUUCACCGUCUCACUUUGUUCUCUCCACAUAUUCAGAAUAAUUCUGAUCCAAGUAAUUUUGUAGGAGAAUCACUGUAUUUCUUAAAGGAUUUUAUAGCGACACAUUAUUGCAUAUUUUGAGUGGACUCAACAUAUGAACUUUUCUCAAAUUUCAAAAGUAGGAAACAACCCGGACGCGAUACAAGUAUUCGUGCUUGAUGGAUGAGGAUUGUCUUGGAUUGGAUUGUCAUGGAUGAAGAUUGUCUUACUUGAAGGGGGCAUAAAUUUGGAAUAGAAUCACAAAGCCGGCCUCUUCAUUUGGUCUUAGGAAACCGUGCGUCUCAAAAACCAAUGAAUAAAAAAGUAAAAUCAAAUUUGUUGAUUUUUUUACGUUUGUCAUGAUGACUUCACUUCUAUUUUAAUGUACGCAUGUUAUUUUAAAGCACACUCACCUAAUAAAUACAAAGUAAGAGGAGAAAUAUUAUUAUGGAUGGAAUUGUAGGGAGAGAACGGUAAGAGUCACCCAUAUUGAAGUCAAGAACGAACUGAAUCAGCUUGAAGUUCGACUGAUAUCACGACUAUUUGUACUUAUAGCAGGAAGAAUGAUAACGAGAACGCUACAUUGAUCACUAAAACCAAGAUAAAAUUAUAUUUACAGAAUUCUAUGAUAAAAAAAUAUCAACCGCA